GCGCAUGAGCCUUCCCGUAUUUCUCUUGCGGCGGUCGGGAGAAUGACUGAAGAUUGAACAGACAAUGGGCCAUAUGUACCCUGAUCACAUUUUGUGCAUGGAGAGAUGUUUCUUGCUAUGGCAUCUGAGACUGAAAAGGCCCAUGCUCUUCUCCAUUCGUUCAGCUCAGCUUCUGUUAUUUCAAGCCUAGGAUUGGGGAUUUUCUGCUUUGUAGCAGAUAGACUUCUACAGUUUUCUAUCAUUCAGCAAAAUGACUGGCUGCGGGCACUCUCUGAUAACACUGUGCAUGGUGUUGUGGGAUUGUGGUCUUGGGCAAUAGUGAUUGGUCUCAAGAAGAAAAGUGACUUUACUGAAGUCAUUUUAGCAGGUUUCCUCUCAUCUGUGAUUGACGUGGAUCACUUUGUUCUAGCUGGCUCUCUGUCAUUAAAGGCUGCUCUGACUCUUCCACGAAGACCUUUCCUUCACUGUUCUACUGUGAUUCCUGUUGUGUGUCUGAUGUUGAAAUUUAUUAUGCACCUUUUCAAGCUGAAGGAUUCCUGGUGUUUUCUUCCCUGGAUGUUGUUUAUUUCCUGGACUUCACAUCAUAUUCGAGAUGGAAUUCGUCAUGGCCUGUGGAUCUGCCCAUUUGGAAAAACUGUUCCCCUGCCUUACUGGCUUUAUGUGGCAAUCACUGCAUCAUUACCUCAUCUCUGUUCGUUUAUUAUGUAUUUAACAGGAACAAGAGAACUGAUGUUGAUAAAACAUGGGAUUCGUAUUGAUGUCUAAAGAUAUUAUAGUGGGUUGUGUUUGCAUCACAGAAAUCAUUCUCUCAUGAUUUCUAAGUUAGGCUUAAGGAGAUGCCACAGCGCUUUAUAGCUUCAGUGGUGAGUCUCUAAAGCCACUGCUGCACAAGGAAAGUGACUUGGUAAUGUCUAAGCAAUGUCUUUAUUAGCAUCUCCUUCAGUCCAUGCUUUGCUUUGGUUUAUUCCACAAAUCAUAAAGUACGUUUUGAAAAAUCAGUAGCUGCUAUCUCAUCUAUCCCUCUCUUUUUGCCAGUCCAUGAAUCAUUCCCCACUUCAUAAAUUCACGUUUCAGGAAGGAGCUAAAAUGUUCCCCUGUUCUCAGCUUCUUGUAUAUUCUUGGAGCUCAGAAGAGGCUCAUAGAACUGAGAACAGAGGCCAGUGUGAGGUGUGGAAUGAUACUUCCAAGGCAUCUGGUGGAAGUGGUAUGGAUACAUAUAUAAUUUAUUAUGUAUUAAAAAUAUGCCUUAGCUGCUGUUCAUGACCGAAGGCAUCCUCCAUCCCAGUGUAAAUUUAAUUUAAAACAGUACAUAAUAGAUCAGAUAGGAUGCAGGAGAGGUCCCUCAUCAAUCUUCCAACCUUCCUAAAUAAUUAUUAGUGUUUCUUUAACAUUCUCCUGCUUCUCUCUCCUAUAGGGCCUUUACUCUAGUCACACUCUGUUGUUCAUAUUUCUGUCUUCUAAGCUUCAUCCUGUCUCCAUUUAGUUGUCAUAUGCAGAGCACUGCAUAUGCUGUAAAUAAUCAAAUAUGUAAAUAAGCAAAACUGUAUAUUGUUCAGAAAAAUCUAACUACAGUGAUCUUGCACUUUAUUUAAAUUGGGGUCACCAACUGGAGACCCUGCAGCCAAAGCUGCCAACUUGAAGAGAACUGCCUUGGCACCUCAUUGCAAAAGUGGUGAGGGAAGCAAUUGUGUGCCUGGCAAGCUAAUACUGUAACUAGCCAAGUAUUUUAUUUGCCAGUUGCACAGAUCAGAUAACUUCUUUGCUUUUUUUUAAUGUGGAAGAGUAUCUGUUUUCAGAAGUAAGAGAUUUCAUCUUGUAAAAACAUAAAAGGGAUGAAACAAAGAACUGACUCUGUCACAAUACUGUUUAUGGUACAACAAUAAAAGCAUUUGCUUUAAA